UCCUUCCACUCAGAGCAUCUCGUCAGGUCCCCGGGGGUUUUCUGCCUGCUGCUCCCUCCUGCCAGCUCAGUGAUGGUGGUUGGGCCUGGUUCCUGCUCUUUCCCCACCUUGUUUUUGGACAGAUUUCCUUGGAUGAUGGCUGGCAUCUGACAGCUUCUCAACUCUUACCGGCUCGCCUCCCCCGGCCCUCAGUAUUUCCCUGGAAUGGCAGUCUGCCACACCCUGUCCAGCUGCUUCUUGGCCUGCUGUGUUGUGCCUGCCUCUUCUGUCCGCACCAGGCCUUACGUGGGCCUUUCCUUCCUCUACUCCUGGCAUGCUUCAUGGCAGGUACUGUUGGCAGAGCCCUGGUAAUCCUAUGAAGGUGACCGCCAGUUUCACCAAUGCACACCCUUGGCAGCAGAUGGAUGCUACCUCAUGGCAUGACCCCUUUGUGGAUUCCUGCAUUGAGAGAUCCUGCCAUGGUAACCCCAUGUGUGUGGACGCCACCAUGGAUUGGAAUAGCUCAGCUAAGUAUUCUUCUGGCAUUAAGCCUACAGAAAGGGGCUCUCCAGCUGGAUGCAUACCAGACCCCUGGCCACUCAGGAUGGACUUCCACUGGGUUCCUAGCUUUCCAUGGCUGUUAGACGACUUUUUGACCCAGUUGGGAGAUUAUAUCUUCCACUUUGAACACUAUCAGGACAAUCUCAGCUGUGUCCGUGAGAGCCUCAGCUGACUGACAGGCCUAGUAGCUUGGGCCUGAGUGGCUCCUUACCUCAACAGGGACCUGCCCUUGCCGGAUGAUUAUGAACUCUUCUGCCAGGAUCUCAAAGAAGUUAUUCAAGACCCAAACAGUUUUGUUGAGUACAAUGCCACUGUCUCCUGUCCUGUGCCUUCCACAUCAGGCCAGCCACCAGUGGCUGCACAGCUACUCACAGUAAGGCAUUACAGUGUUAGGUUCUCGGUGGCCCUAGCACUCAAUAUGGAUGCUCCCUUGAGGCCUGCUUUAGCUGCUCCCUCUAACCCCUGCUUGUUCAGGCCUAACUCUAUAUCCAGAAGUUCUUGGCCUGAGCAACAGCUGACCAAGAAGAGCUCCUCUGGACCCCAAGAGCCCCUGAACCAGUCUGGUUGUGCGUGUAGCCUUGAUUAUAGUGCUUCGAGGCCAGCUGCCUCCCAUCCAAAGGACGCAGACUCCAAACUUGUCUCAGUAUCUUCAAAAUUCAUUGACUCUUAUUCUUAGAAGCUAGAAUCAGCUCAUCUGGGGAGCUGAGAACCCCAGAGAAGAGCUAAAGCCGAAGGAGACCAGGAAGAAUCUCCGGGUACCCCACGGUGGCUGGAUAGUGUCCCAGAGACCCCACAAGAGCCAACCCUGUGCUCCCUCAUCCUCAUCCUUGCGUUCUGCACACGGACUAGGUGUGCAGCAGUGGUCCUCAAUGAUAAAGUGCUGUGCAUACAUAGCGAGGGAGUCCCACAGCACCCAGACAGCACAGUGCUGUCUACAGAUGACUCCACUGACCCGUGGCUGGAUAGCUAGACAGACAGGCAUGUGAGCUUGCCCAGCUCCUACCAGAAUGUGGGCCUGUGUUGGGCCCCUAGCUGAGGCCCCACCCCACACCUGGAAGUGCUGUUCCACCUGCCAGUUCCUACAGGAAAGACUGUAGAUCAGCCCCAUCAGAUUGUAGCACUGUGGCCAGAUGCUGCCCCCACAAAGAACCCUGUUGGUAUUUCUGCCCUGCUCUCUGUGACCUCUGAGGCUAGCCUACAAUGGAAAGAAGGCUGCUUGAAGGAUGCCUCGGCUCCUUUGUAAAUCCUUUGGUUGGUUGGUUUGGUUUUUUGUUUUUGAGACAGUGUUUCACUAUGUAGUCUUGGCUGACUUGGAACUUGAUAUGUACCAGGCUGGCCUUGAACUCACAGAAAACCCCGUGCCUCUGCCUUGUGAGUGCUAGGACUAAAUCUUUUUUAUUUUUAUUUUUUAAAUGGUAUAUCUAUGGAGUAUAAUAUAAUUGGAUACAUAGAUGUAUAAUGAUUCAGUCUGGUGAUUGUUAUUCUCUUUUCUUAAACGUUAAUCAUUUCUUUGUAUGGGAUUGUAUUUGCACUCCCCUCGUGGUUCCUUGUAAAAUAUGAAAUACAUUAUUGUCAUCUCUAAGGGCACACUGUGCCAUGGAGUUAUCUGAGCUUCGUGUCUCCUCCUGUCUUUUCUGUCGUGUUACUAUUAUCUGCCUUCUCUUUCCGCCACAUCAGCUCUGAUGGCUUCCUCAUAUAGACGUGUGUGUGGCAUUGUCUCUCUGUACCUGGGCUUAUUUUACUUCAUAGUGCCUUUGGUUCCAUGUUGCUUGGAUUUGUUUUGUUGUUGUUUAUGGCUAAAUAAUACCCAAUUGUAUGUAUAC